AUGGAGCGGGCUGGAGCCGGAGAAGGGGGAAAGCAGCACGCGGGAGGUGGAAGCAACAGGAGAGCUGAAGCAACAGGAGAGCUGACGCGACGAGAUCCACGCUGGAAGCGGCAUGCAGGAACGUCCAGAGCCACGGAGGACCACUCUGGAGGGGCUGCAAAUAACAAUGACCUCAAACACACCUCCAGGCUGUGUAAGGGCUAUUUGACCAAGAAGGAGAGUGAUGGAGUGCUGCAGCAGAUGACCUGGCCUCCACAGUCACCGGACCUGAACCCAAUUAAGAUGAUUUUGGUCAGGAUUGUUCUGCUGGGGAAGAACAGCUCAGAGAUCAGCAGAGUGGGGAACUUCAUUCUGCACAGAGAGGCGUUUGAUACUGAAGCUCCUCCUCCUUCAGUAGAGCAGCGCAGUGAGAGAGCUUCAGGAACAGUGGAGGGAAGAUACAUCACCCUCAUCAACACACCUCACCUGCUUGAUCCUCAGCUCUCUGAAGAAGAGCUCAAUCAGAGAUCAGGAAACUUCACAGAGCAGGACCAGGAGAGAACCAGACAUGUACUGAACUCUUACAGUCCAUCUUCUCUGGACAACACUAUAGUGUUGAAUUUUGUAGAGAAAGAUCUGCAUGGGCAGCUGUUGAUCACAGAGUGUAAAGGGAGGCGUGAAGGUAUUACAGUGAUUUCAAAUCAUCAGCUUUUGGAGAAGAUAGAUGAAGUGGUAAAGGAAAAAGGAGGAGCCUACCUGACCUGUGAUAAAGAUGCAGUGCAGAGUGAGGACUCCUACAGGAUCGUGUUGUUGGGGACACGUGGAGUUGGGAAGAGUGCUUCAGGAAACACCAUUGUAGGGGGGAAAAAAUUCAAAGAGAGUUCCUAUUUGUCCAACUAUUACCCUUCAUCAACUACAAGAGUCUGUCAGAAAGAAUCAACUGAAUUCAGAACGAGACGGGUCACUGUGAUCGACACUCCAGGCCUGAUUGAUAAAUAUGGCCUCAAUGAAGAAACCAGGAAGGAAAUUUCUAAAUGUAUCACCAUGGCUGCACCAGGUCCACACGUCUUUCUGCUGGUGCUGACAGUGGGACAGCGCUUCACACAAGAGGAGAAAGAAGCAGUGAAGAUGAUCCAAGAACACUUUGGUGAAGAAUCCAGAGGAUACACCAUGGUGCUCUUCACCAGAGGAGAUGAACUGAAGAAAAGGAGCAUUGAAGAUUAUAUUAAAGAUUCGGGCCGCAGCUUACAAAACAUCAUUAAGCAGUGUGGAAACAGAUACCACAUGUUCAACAACAGAAAUCCUGAAGACCAAACCCAGGUCACUGAUCUACUGGAGAAGAUCGACUGCAUGGUGGCAGUGAAUGGAGGGAGCUGCUACACUAAUGAGAUGUUCCAGCAGGUGGAGAAAGCUCUACAGCAAGAUCAGGAGAGAAUUGUGAAGGAGAGAAAAGAGGAGAUAGAGAGAGAGAAAAAAGAACUGAAAUACAAAUAUGAAGCUAAACUGGAAGAACUAAAGAAGAUGAUGGAGAAUGAACAGAAACAUCUGGAAAAUGAGAAAAGAGAAAAGGAGAAAGAGUUUCAGAAUAGAGAAGCUCAAAUAAAGGAGGAGACGAACAAAGAGGUCAAAAAGAAAAUGAGCAAGAGACUUAAAGAACAGCAAGAGGCAUUUACUGAGGAGAUGAAAAAGAAAGAGCAGACCUAUAAAGAACAAUUGCAGAAAGAUCUGCACUAUCAGAAAGAAAAGUAUGAUAGGGAGGAGGAAAAACUAAGAAAGCAUGCAGAAGAGAAGGCGAGGCGGCAAGCAGAAGAGGAAUUCUGUGCUAAGCGGAAGAAAAAGGGGAAGAGAGCCCAUUAG